AUAUCAAUGGGAACCAGCACAAGUACGAGUGCAUUGAAAUGGCCUGCCAUCUCUCAAAUUUAUACCCUAACCUCGAUAAGCCUCAUUUAUAACACUCCCAUCACGUUUGACAAAGUACUUCUAGUCCGUAUUGCUUGUGGAGACCUGGUGGUGUGAAGUUGAAAAAAUAACUUGGUACUAUUCCGAACUUUAGCAAAAGGAGAGGAACUUAAACACUUCACAGGGAUUUCAAAUAAUGUUCCCCAAGACUGUUGGAUUCGGGGCUUUGGUACUCGGGCUCGCAUUCCUGAGCUUUGGCCCCAAACUUAGCGCUGGUCAAGGGGACAAUGCUCCCCCAUGUAUCAACGAUACCCUUCGUUGUCCUAUAAGCAGAGCAUGUUACUCACCUCAAGCGGUAUGUGAUUCUUACGACGAUUGUGGCACUGGUUUUGAUGAAAUGGAAUGCACAAAUUUAGAUGACUGCAAUCAAACGGUAUAUUCGGCUUUUGAUAGCGAUUGCAGUGUAGAAAGGUCAGGCGGGAUAUACAAUUCACUCGGCAGAGACUUCAUUUUUGAUGGAUCGUUUUACUUCGACAUACCCUUAUUUGAUUCAGAUUCUCCGAUUUGGAUUGACAGGGUGUAUCUCAAUUGGGGGAUUGCAAGUCCAGAUAUUCCUCAACCUACAAAUUUAACACAACAAGGAUGGUUUAUGCUACGUCUUUCAUCAGUCAAUUUUAACCUUUCUGAUGUUAUAAAUAGAACUGAACUAGAUGUUGUUACUCUUGAAUUAACGCCAGAUGACGUCGGUCGACAAGUAGAGAAGAAGUUUCGAGUGCCCUUGGAAGUUAACCAAUCUGAAGUUGACGCUUUUGAGGUAGUAUUAACCUAUGUAAUAGAUGCACAACCCAGUGAUGAAACUCCUUACACAGUUCCAGAGUUUCUCGAUCCUGGUAUUGUAGAAUUAGAAUUUGUCAGAUAUGUUGAUCCAGGGGGAUUUCCAGCUUGUUUUAAUCUAUUGGGAAGUCCAUGUCUAGCUGCAGCGUGGCCUUAUCUGAGGAGAAAUGGUGCACCAUCAUGUCAACCUCGGGAAAGGCAUCAAUUUGUGUCUUCUAUGUAUGGAAGAUGUAUCUCUGCACCCGAAAUAUUGGCUAUAUCUGGAAAUCAAACUGGUUAUCCUGGUGAUGUCGUCUUUAUCUCGUGUACUACGUUCGGGAGACCACAACCUGUUGUCAGCUUCGAACCUGCUUUACAGCCAUUCUUUGGAGAAUCUCCUCGUGAUAGCCCUAUAACUAUCAAUCAGCUAAUCACAUUGUCAAACGGAACAGAUAUUACAUUUACCUGCAUCGCUGAAAAUAUUGCUGGCAGAGUCACUUCAACAGUGCAAGUUACAGCACUUGAUUACCGGUGUCCUAUUUUAGCUGACGCACUUGCAGAUUUUCAGAAGAACAAUCUGACGGAAUGCCCAUCUGUUCUGCAACUACAAUUAGGCGGAGGACUUUUUCAGUCUUUCUUCUCAGUAUCCAUUCCUGAAGACGGCAUCCUUCAUUCCUUACCACUAAUGCUUUUACAGUCGGCCAAUCCAGAGAAUCCAUUACCAGGCCCACAAGAAUUGACAUUCCGUGUUACAGUCACGAACGAGCAAGUAGUUGCAGUUCCCCAGCGUAGGAAACGGGAUAUCGUCAAGAUUCUCUACGAAAGAGAUUAUCACAACGCCACUCUUAACGAAGGUUCCAUCACUUUAGAAUUCUCACCACCCGUAUUCGCUGCUCAAUUCAAUCGGCUAUACAUCAAUCUACUCACUCUGACUGAUGAUCCGCUAUUUCUGCCGUACUUCCCAGCAAUACAAGGGCCUCUGUCUUACCUUCAGUGUCCUUUAUCACCUCCAUUGAAUCCUGUUGACAAUGCAUCAUGUUAUCUCCAAUUAGAAAGCUGGGCGGCCAUGGAAGAAUCCUUCAUAGAGUUGGGAUGUGCAGAAGAUACUUCUGUAUCAUACCGUUCUUACGAAACAUGUCUACGUGUAGGAGAUGCCCAGCCUGUGGUCACUGGUGAAGUUGUUGUUCCCAGUCUGCAGUUGUUCCAAAGCUACGACAUUCCUUGCCCUAUAGAAGGUGCUGUACGCCUCCUGUGGUGGCGAAUAACUAGUCGUGGCUCAGCGACACCAUUUGAAUCACCUUCGCCAUUCCUCCGCUUCAAUCCCUUCACCGUUGAAGACAUGGGUUACUACUACUGUGAGGGGUACGGUGGUGGAGCUUACCGUGAUGUAUCGGAGGCUACUACUCCUGUCCUUCUGGAUGUUGAGGGGGUUACAAGAGUUGCCUUUUCAGUUGCAUUUGAAGGUGAAUUUGUUGAUUUUGGCAUUCCUGAAGUAUUUUCUGAGUUAGCACCUAUGUUCAGACGCCCAAUAAAUAAUGCUUUCAUUAAUGACGACGGCACAAGUCGACUAUCCAUCUCAUUGCUUGACAAUGUAGGAAGCUUUGAGUUCCCUACUAUCGUGAAUACUCGUAACGGCAGCACGAUCGUUGACUACAUCAUCAACGUCGAUAGUAGCGUGUUUAAUGGAAGUGUGGUUGAAAUCGUGAAUGACACCACAUUCUUCCUGGAGUCUAACCUGGCCACGGGGUUUGGUCCUGAAAGAAGUUUUUUCUCUAAUCUUGAUCCUGAAAUUAGUUACUCUAAUCUUGGUCCUGAAAGUAGUUUUUUCUCUAAUCAGAUCGUACCGGGAAGCGUUGUUGUGGGUAGUGCAUCAUCCUGUACGGCAUCUGUUGUCACGGGUGCGUUCGGAACCAUAACCUUCCCUACUACACCACUGGACCAGACAGCUGAUAGCCAAGAACGAUGUAAUGAAUACACUAAUAAUACCCCCGUUCCAAGAGCUAGACGAACGUGUCGUGGGGAUUUCUUGUCACCAGCUAUCUGGGACGAUCCUGUGCUUCUCGAUUGCUUUGUGGGGACAGAUACGAAUGAAGUUCUCAACAACAUUGCCAGGGCUGUUGUGACGCCAGACAAUGUAACCGAGUAUUCUUACGAUGUUGCUGAAGCUACUUCUAAUGGUGGUGAUAUUAACGCCGAAGGUAUAAGAGCCAUUUCUAUUGCUCUGCAGAAAAUUGUUGACGUCAUGGAUCCAUCCACGGAGGUCACCAACAAUACUCUCCAGAUCGUAGACAACGUCCUCGGUGCUCCCGAUACAGAAUUUGUAGAUGCCGUGGAUGUCGAAGCUCCGACAAGGAUUCUUGAUUUCUUGGAACAACAGAUCACUUUAUUCCAGACCCAAGGUGAUGGUAACAACCUCACUAUCGUCGGAAGUAGUAUAGCUGUGGUAGCUCUACAACUUCCAGAGGCCAGUCUACUGCAAGGUUUAGGAUUCGCUACCUUGGUAUCUCCGGAUGACGAACAGAAGAGUAAUCUUCUCAAUCAGUUGAAUGAAAAUGACACAAUGGUGUACUUCAACCUUGAUGAUAUUCCUAAAGCAACCGUCGAUGCAGCAAUUUUUCUGCCACCGGAUAUUCUAGGCCUGUUGCCCCCAUAUUUACUAGAAAAUGGAAUUGUUCCGGUGACGUUCUUCAUAUUUCAGACCAGUAAGUUGUUCAUUAGUCCAGACCAACCUUACGAUCUCGGUGGUGGUCGUCGAUUAGCAGUCGGUACCAGGAUUAUAUCAGCGACCGUAGAGGGUGCUGUCAUUGAAGGUUUGCCACGAGGAGGUGAUAUUGAGACAACCUUUCUUGAGCUGAAUGUGACUAGAGAAAAUGAGAUGAUAGAUAAUAGGACGUGUGUAUUCUGGGACAAAAUUGACCAAGUUGGGAGAUGGUCAUCUGAAGGAUGUCGACGAGAAGACAACCCAGAGGAUAAUAGAAUAAGGUGUCUUUGUGAUCACCUUACAAGCUUUGCUGUUCUACUGGAUGUGUCCGGAGAUGUUGGGCUCUAUGCGUUAGAUGUUCUUGGUAUGAUUGGUUGUAUAAUCUCUAUCAUAUGCCUCGUCAUCACACUUGUUACAUAUCUGAGCAUGAAAAAAUUGCGAUCAAAGCAACCUCAACGGAUCCUAAUUAACCUCUGCGUUGCCCUCCUCGGACUUUAUCUCGUUUUCAUCAUCGGUAUCGACCGUCGUUAUCCAACCGGGGGCUGCGUCGUUGUCGGAUUCCUCAUUCAUUUCUUUCUGCUAUCGUCAGUGUCGUGGAUGUUGGUGGAAGCUAUUAAUAUGUACCUUCUUUUCGUCAAGGUCUUAAACGCUUCUGUGUCUCGAUUUAUGCUCAAGGCAUCUCUUUGUUCUUAUGGUUUACCUCUUCUCGUCUGCAUUGUAACAGUGGCAGUUGAUAGUUCUUUAUACCUUGGAGAUGGAACAUAUUGCUUCGUCAAACCAGGUCCAGCUUUAUAUUACGGUGUCUUACUCCUCGUAGCUCUCUUACUCGCUACUAACUUCAUCAUAUUUGGUCUCGUCAUGCAACGUUUGUCAUGUCGCAAGUCCGUUGCUGCCCACAAGACCAAUCAAGCCAGUCGCGGUGAGACGUGGAAACGAGUCCAGAACGCUGUCGCCAUCUCUGUUCUCCUCGGGUUAACGUGGUUGUUUGGUUUCCUCGCCAUCGGUGGUGCUCGACUCAUCUUUAAUAUUCUUUUCCUGGUCUUCAAUUCCCUCCAAGGGUUCUUUGUGUUCCUCAUGUUCUGUGUCCGACAAAAGGAAGUACGUGAGCAAUGGGUUCGAUGGCUGCAUUGUCAGUUCGGUGAUGUUAAGCCUGGUCAACGUCGCAGUGAUGAUUUCGUUCAGGCUAAGUACAAAAAGACAGAAUCACAAGAGGGUCGGACGUCCUUGGCAACAUCAAAUAGCCAAGGUAUUCAACUAUCCAGCGGGGGUACACUAAGUACCAAUGCCUCCAGCAUCACCACAUAAUAAUUUCCAUGAUUUUAAGAAGCCUGCCAGGAUUCUUUUUUACUAAAGUAGACAAUGUCCUUGCAUAUUAUGUAUUGGCAUUUAAAACUAUUUUAAUUAUUGAUUAUAGAGUACAGAUAUAAUUGUAUGAAAUAAAGUACGAUUGGUUUCGUUUGGUGAUAAAUAGCCUCUAUUAACAUCGUUUCUGACUUUCUGUGCCAUGAUUCGCCGUUAAUGUUUCGCGCCAUUUUACCCCCAAAACGCUCAAAAUAUUAAUGUAACGCUGUGCAAAUUUAAUACUUUUUGAGGGAAGUCUCGCAUAACCUUUGAAACUAAAUUUGCGACACUGAGGCGCUACGUGACUUUUCAACAGACAAUGUCGUGCAUAUUUCCACAUUUUUAUAGCCAAAAUAAUUGCAGCUUUAGUUUCUGUUUAAUUUAUCUUCAAUAUUUAAUAUGAAAUAUCAUUAAAAUCGUUUGUGUUAUUUUGAAUAUGUAUUGUUUCUUCGAUUGUAUUUUGUUUACUUUGUUGAAAUAAAUCUAACUCAUAAAAUGUGGCUUGUGAACAAAUCCGUCACUGGGAGAUAAAAAUCAUAAAAUGGUGAUUAUUUUUCACUCUAGUUGUUUGGCUUAAUUGAACAAGGACUAACUUGGCUUUUGCAAAACCCCGGUGCAAAACGUACUGAUAAAGUUACAAAGAUGCCCUCUGCAAACAAAUCGAAUUAAACUAAUUUCUAUUGUGCAAAUAAUGUUUUUCAUUAAUAAUUUUACACAGUUCAUAUUAAAUCAAUAAAUUAUCAUUUUGGUCCCUUUUGGUGGGGUUUUUAUACUGCUUGUGGUCUAAGGAACGUGCGUGCAAAAUUUCGGCGCUGUCGCGCGGGCAAUGCUUUAGGUCAGAAAGGACAUGAUGUCCUCUAAACUAGCACAGCCCUAUAUCUUGCCACACUUCAAGCUCACAUGGAUAAGCAUUAACCGUAAUAGAGAAAUAAUUAGAGACAAUCAUUUGUUAUGGAUUCCAUUCUAUGUCUUACAACUACUGAAUUUAUCAUUAUUAUCUUUUUCAUGAUUAUCUUAGCUUAGACUCAGCGAUUUUUAUAUUAGAAGAGUAACGAGAUGUAUGGUUUAAACAUUUUGUUUUCAGCAAACAUUUUACUGAUAAUUGUUAAUUGUCUGAUGAUAACAAUUUUUGCAAAAUCUGAUAGCAGACAAACCAUACUCAUGAUGAAAAGACUGUAUUUCGACUGUAUUGUAUAUUGUUAGUAUCACUAUUGUAUGUUUCGCAUCAUUUGCAAUGUAUGUUGAUGUAUCUGUCGUUGAUAUGUGUAGAAUAAUUAUGGCAAAAUAAUUUUUCGAUGUUAUUUUCUCCUUCGCAUAAUGACUUCGAUAAACUGACUUAAUAGAAAAAUUGGAAAUUUCAAUUACUUCCAGUGUGAAUGAUUUAUAUCACAAUUAAUACAUAACCUCAAUGUGGCGAAGUGAUUUCAAACUGCAUACUAAUAAAACACAGAAAGGUUUUAUUUAAACUAAUUUAGCAGGGCCCUGGAAACGAUUUGUUGAAGAGGGUUGUUUUUUGUCCUGCCUGCAUAGCAGAGCGAGACUAUAGACGCCGCGGCGGCGUCGUCAACAUCAAAUCUUAACAGAAGGUUAAAACUUUAAAAUGUCAUCAUUAUAAAACUUGGACAUAAGGGUUAUCAAGUAUUACUGAAUACCCUGCCUGAGUUUCAGAUCACAUGACCAAGGUUAAAGGUCAUCUAGGGUCAAUGAACUUUGGCCAUGAUGGGGGUAUUUGUUGAUUUCCAUCAUAACUUUGAAAGUUUAUCGAUCUGGUUCAUGAAACUUAAACAUUAGAGUAAUCAAGUAUCAUUAAACAUCAUGCUUGAGAUUCAGGUCACAUGACCAAGGUCAAAGGUCAUUAAGGGUCAAUGAGCGUAGUAUUUUAUUAUCAUAUGAAUUGUGGGGGGGUUGUAAAUAACUAUUCAAUAGUUGUUUUUCAAAGUCAGCACUGCUGCUAUACAGUGCGUCCCAGAAAAAAACGAAACCGAGAUUAAACGACGAUUUAUCAUAACUUAAUCACAAAUACAAUAGCUAAAAUUUAAUGACCUACCAAUGUAAAGCUUAGAAUCACAUCUUUCAUCUGAUAUUACUUACAUUAUUCCUCAUUCACGCAUGAGUGAGCAAAAACAAUUUGAAGAAAGGAUACCAAAAACUCAUUUGGCGGGGGGUAUCUGAAUUUCAAAAAGAAAAUCACAUGCCUAAAAAGUUCAAUAUCUGCUCUUUUAUUUGAUACCUUAAUCACAAAAAAAUGGUCAAGAAGUAAAAAAGUUAUCUUCUCUCGAAACAAUGUUUGUAUUUCCAUAAUUUUAUUAAAUAAACGUGUUUUCACCGGUUUCCCACAAAAGCUAUCGCAUGGUUAACAAAAGACUUAAUGCAUGGCUGAUCGUCAACAAAACGGAGUGUCGAGUGAGUUUGAACGCUAGCCUGUAAAACCUCUUCAUUUUAUAAAAUUCAAACCAGAACUUUGUUAUCUCUUGACCAUCUUCUGUAAUUGAGGUAUCAAAUUAAAGAGCAGAUAUUGAACUUUUUAAAAAUGUGGUUUUCUUUUUAAAACCCAGAUACAGCCCGCCAAAUGACUUUUUGGUAUCCCCUCUUCAAAUUGUUUUUGCUCACUCAUGCGUGAAUGAGAAAUAAUCUCAGUAAUUUCAGAUAAAAGAGGAGAUUCUAAGCUUUACAAUGGUAUGUCAUUUGUCUAUUGUAUUUGUGAUUAAGUUAUGAUAAAUCAUCGAUAAAUCUCGGAUUCGUUAGUUUGUGGGACGCACUGUAUAGUGAAUGGCGUAAUGAAGGCGAGACUGCCAGAGGCGUUCUUCUUGUAUAGUGUUCAUAAUGUAUGUAAAAAACGUUAAAAUUAUACUCUACAUUAUGAUACAUUUUAGUUUUGUCCUAUAGAAAUAUAUUAGUGCUUUGUAUAUAGAGGCUGAAGUUUUUUGUUGUUGUUGAAAGUUUUAUAAUUAUAAUAUUUUUCUUUGAGUAGAGUUAAACCCAAAUAUAGUAUAGACCCAUAUGAAAUCAUCGAAAGUCUAACUUCAAUUACUUAAAAGUACAACUUAUCAGCUUUUUAAUGGUUCAUUUAUUAAGCCAAAUUAUCACACGUUUAUAAGACUGCCUCACUGAACACAAUUUUUCUAAAAUAUGAAAAUGUGCAAUUUAAUAUAAACAUGUUAAACAAUAAGGAUCAUUAAUGAGAGAAACAAGACCAUUGAAAUAUCAGUUUUCCUUCCCUUUUCAUGAUUAUUUUUUUAAGAACAUCCUGCUUUCAAAUAUUGAUCUAAUUUCAAUUUAAACACGAAAAAUGUCUAGAAGCAAGUGUGUUUUGCAGCAUUCUGAGUCGAUGAAAAGAAGAUCUACUUAAAAUGAAAUAAACAUUCCAAUUCUCUAUGUAGUUUGAAUAUGAAGAUUUAAGUAAUCAAUUUACUGUUCAUAUAGUUCGGAUGUAAUAUACUUGCUUAUCGACGAUUAACCAUAUACACGAAAGGGAUAUAUAAUCAAGGAUUGCCAUUAAAUCCUAUCUGUUUUUUUUCAUGACGGCCCGGCCAUGUCCGAUAACCAGCCCCUUGGCGGAAAGCAUCGGGUGCGCCGUUGAUUUAUCAAAUAUAUCAAUGUUUUGUGGAUCUUUUUUUUGGGUGGGGGUAGUUAGAACACCAUUAUUGCAAGUAAUGAGUUUCGAUAUAUUGACGUGUUUAUCAUAUUUGAAUUUAUUAUGAUAUACCAUACUCAAGACUGAUUUGUUCAUUAUGGGCAUGGAGGUGAAUACAAUUUGCGGGACAAUUUGUCUACAUUAAAUUUAGCGACAAAAUCUUACAUCGAAAACAUCUGAGUUUAAGCAGUUGUGAGUUCAAAGUGUCAACGAGUGUACAGUAUUUAGUUUGAUGAUGUUGGAAUACAUGUUAUCAGCAAAAAUGCAGUGCGUCACAGAAAACUACACCGAGAUUUUUCGAUGUUUUCCCCAUAAGAUAAUCACAAAUAUAUAAAUUACAAAUCAUUGCAAAAGUUAGUCUGUUUUUCAUGUAAAAAUCACUAUAUAACCUCAUUUUCAUGUGCACUUUAAAAACGAAGUGCUAAUUUAGCUCUUACAGAGCUUGUAUAGUGACUGCACUUCAGAGUGCUGGUAUUACAAUCGCGGGAAAUUAUGGUAACAAAUUUCAUAUUUGACCAAAAGUAAGUUUAUUAUUUCCAGUGCUGGAUGUUUAUGAUUAAAAUUAUCAUCUUUGUGGUGUAACACAAUUAACUCUUAAAGGAGUGAUAUACUUAGUACAUGGCUAUAUGUAGUAGGCGUACAGAGUAUUGUGAUUUAUAAAGAGUGUGAAGGUUACACUUCGUAAUUCCGAAGGUUCGUAAUUCCGAAACACGUUAAUUGCCUAUACCUCGAUGUUCGUUAAUCCGAAAACGUAAAAGGGUUUUGUAAAACGUAAUUUUUUCUCACACGAUCCAUCAGUUACGUUUUUGUCAAGUGCACAAAAAUUGUUUGUAUUUAUUUUUAAACAAAAUUAUUAUUAAGACCCAAUAUUUAUUUGUUGUAAUUUUGUAAUGUAACUAAGAUAGGGGCUUGUCUCUUGUACAAGCUUUGCUUUUUUUCGGCAAGUCCCUCCGUUUUACUUUUAAAUACAAAUGUCAUUUGAGAUAUCUUUAUUUACUGAAUUGUGUUCCUUAAAUCUAUGAUUAUGUUAUAUAUAUUAUAUUUUGUCUUGUAGUAUUUUCGACCUUGUUAUAUUAUGUUUAUCAUAUUAUGUACAAUUGUGAAACGGAAAUAAAUAAAUCAAAUCAAA